AUGGCCGCGGCCGUACGCGGCGAUACGCCAUGCGACGUCACCAAGCUCGUGACGUCGUUCGGCAGUGUCCUCGGCGCCGCGACGGCGUGUCAGAGCGAGAGCGGCUACACGUUUCUGCCACCAUCAAAGGAGCCCACCGCCGCCAACAUUGAAGCCAUUUGCGCGUCGCCCGCGUGCGUGCCACUGCUACCAGCGCUCUCGUCCAUCCCCAACUGCUCGGUGGGCGCCAUCAACAUUGGCGCGUUUGCCGCCGCGGUCAAUGCGAGCUGCGGCAACAAGACGGCGGCACCGACGACGGCACCGCCCGUUGCGACGCCGAAACCCACGUCGUCUGCACUGCCUACGUCCAAGCGCUUGGAUCAUUAUCUUGGUGUUGGCCUCGCUGUCCUCGCCACCAAGAAAUAG